UUACCUUUAAACUUGGACUUAUUUGUUAGUUGUUUUUGAAUUUAUUAAAACCUUUACCUAAUAGUGAGAAUAGUCAUGUGGAGCAAAACUAUUCUUCUAACAUUAUUAUUGUAUGUUGUUGCAGUUUAUAGUAGUAGUAGUAAUAGUACCAGUACUAAUGCGAAUAGAAAUACGACUGUUGUGAAUAUAAACAGAAGUAUAUGUGCUCAGAACGAAACUAGAGCAUUUCUUCUUAGUUGUGAAUCUAGUUGUAGAAAUUUGAGACAAAAUUGUCGUCUAUCGUCUCGAUGUGUUUGUAAAAAUGGAUUUUUCAGAGAUAUUAAAACUCAAGUUUGUGUGAUUGAACAAAAUUGUUCCAAUUAUUUCUAUUUACGUAUAUGGGCAAUGAUAAACAGGAUAUUGAGGAUAAUAUUGAGCUUGAUCAGGCCUUUCGUACCAACGACUGUGGUAGAUGCUGUUGGUCUACUUUUGACUGCAAAUAGGAAAAAAAUAUGAGGCGAGUUUAAUUGAAUUUAGUGAAACUCAA